AGUGGAGACUUGCAGGAGCGGUUCUAGCGCUAGUUUACUUUGUUGGACGUUUUUAAAUGUCAUUUGCUUUGUUUUGUCUUUUUAUUAACAAGUAAAAAUGUCAGCGUAUCACCCGUGUGUUAUACUCGAUGUGAUGCAAAGAGAGCUAAAGCGUGCUAACUUUAAAAGCAUAUUUUGCUAGUUUAUUUGGCUAGCUUACUACCUUAAUUACUAAGCAAGCUAGCCAAGCUAAAAUUUGCGUUUUAUCUACUUUGGCUAAGCUGGAUAUGUCGACAUGGCAAAAAGGAAAGAAGUGUUUCAGUCAAAGGUUUUUCAGAAGCUUUACCCUGCAGCUCCCACACCAGGAAAGGAGCACAUCCCUCCACACACUGCAGAGGCAACUCAAGUGAAAAUAAAUACUUGUAGAGAGGUCUCUUUAGGAAAAGCAGGGAAGACAAAGUGUGCAGCAAAUCCUCCCAGGCGGGUGUACACGGUCCUGCCCCCUCCCCCAGACUACAAUAUACAUUCAGAGAUAUCUGUCACACUUCCACAGCUAGAAAGCAUAACUAGCACAGAGGAUCCAGCUGAGAGAAAUAUCCAAGAGAGCAGUGAAGAACUUGAAGAAGAAAAAGAGGCAGAAAGGCAAACGAGGAGGAGAAAAAGGAAGAGGAAAUCCACCCCUCAAAACUCUGAGAAAGAUGGGACGGCUGUCGGUGAAUCCAGCACGGGUCCGAGUCAGGCACCGAUGGAUGAGGGAGGAGAGCGCUUCAGCAAGAACAAAAGAAGAAAGUUGAAGAAAAAAAGGCACAAAGAGAAGAUGAUGUCCAUGGGUCUGAUGCCCCGGGCUGCUGCACUGGAGUUCACUUACCAUAAAGAUGGAGAGGAGAAGGAGGAGGAAGAGGAUAACAAGAGAGGAGUUGCUGAGUUGUCAGACUUCCUGAGGACAACAACGGAAAUCUAUAUGUCAGAUUCCUCGCUGCAUGUUGUUAAAGUUCCACACCUGUCUACCACAGUGGAUGAUCUUCUGGACAGCUUAGUGAGUGGACACAAACCUAACUCUGUCCUGAAGCAGCUGUGCUGUCUCAAGGCUUUUGCUCAACAGAAUAAGACAGACAGCCUAGAGAAGACACUGGAAGAGCUCAACAACAACCCCUCCAUGUCCACAGAGGAAACCACCGCAGUCGUUUCACUCUUCAAAUACUGGAUCACAGACAUUCUUCCCAUGCAAAAAGACGCCAAGAAGACAGAACUUUCUACAGCACAGCCCUGAGACUGCCAGGAAUUAAAGGAUUUUUUUUUCUGCUGCUAGUUAGGAAAGUUUGGGGCUUUUUAUAUUAGUAUAAUAUGUCUUUCUAUCAUUAAAGAUUUAAUUUUU